ACUCUGGAGUUUUUGAGUCACAUGUCCCAAGCUGGAAGGGGGUGGCUGUUCCUGAUGCAAUUCCCCUUUGUUUGUUGAGCUCAUAGUAUAGCGAUAUCCGCUUCAGGAGAACAGCAGUCCGUUAGCUGAAGAUCGUUGCAAACAGCUUUUGAAGGUUUAACUGUCAGCAAAGUAAUUCAACUCCACAGAAGUUGCGUCCAUUUCUUUCCCACAAUGAAUGACAAUAGCAAACUGGAGACUGAAGAGCUGCUCACUUGUCUUCAUAUCCAUCUCUUCCACCCUAACCAAGCCAUUUGUCCGCUCUUUCACAACCUGCCCCUAAAUCAGCCAUACAAAAUGAACGCUGAAGAUCAAGUAAGGCUUGGCCGUGAUGGACAGACCUGCGUCUUUGUCCUAAAUGACACCUCUGUCUCCAGAAAACAGCUCACCAUACAGGCGUUUAGGAAAGCUGGCAGUCCGUUCUUGAGCUUCAUGAUCCAGAACAUCAGCCAGAAGGUCAAACUCAUGGUCGGUGGGUCUGAACUGAGAUACCUAGAAAGAGCUGAGCUUGAUGACAAGGUGCUCUGCCGCUUUGGGAGAUAUGAACUGCUGAUCUGGCAGGAGCCAGGCGAUUCAGAGAAUAAAUUUGAGGUCCUGUUUGAAGUAUGCAAUAAACCCCCUUCACAGGAAAUGGGCAUAGAUGUGCCAUGCAAACCAGCUGUUAUGGAUACCGGCGUGCCAUGGAGAAGCUUUGAGAAUGGAGCACCUGUAAGCCAAGAGCCACUGGAGUCAGAUGAAACAGCUGUUUUUGUAUAAAUAUUUUUUGGCCAUUGUGCUGCAAGGCAGCAGACAUUGUCCAUUCAGAAUAUUCAUAUUGUUAUUUUCAUUGAUACUGUGAUA